AUGAGCGAUUCCGAAGGCGAUAAAAAUAACAAUAAAUGUUUAGCUAAAUUAGCACCAUUCACUUCUUUUGUGGGUCUUCUUCAACUUAUUCCUCUUAUAACAAUCACUCUGGUUAUUAAAAUUGUUUUAAUGAAAAUUAUAUUCCAAGGCAUCUGUGUUGGCUUGCGAAGAAUGUUAAUAUUGGUAUAUUCAGCUUUAUUUAUAGAGGCCGGUGUACUGGACCGGGUGGGUAAGGCUGUGGAGGAUAGUGUGGGGGGUAAUGUGGUGGGUAAUGUGGUGGGUAAUGUGGUGGGUAAUGUGGUGGGUUAUGUGGCGGGUGAUGUGGUGGAUGAUGUGGCGGAUGAUGUGGUGGAUGGGGUGGUGGGUGAUUUGGUGGGCGAUUUGGUGGGUGAUGUGGUGGGUUAUGUGGUGGGUAAUGGGGUGGGUGCUCGGGUGGAUCGUUUGGUGGGUGAUGAGGAGGAUUAUGAUUUAUCUGUGGAGGUCGUGGACAGUUACGUUUUGAGCAUUGCGAUGUACAGUAGCUACCACAGUACGGACCACAUGAACCGUUGGAAGGCAUGCCUGAAAGAAACAAUUAAUAGUACAGUUAUCAAAAUAUUUUUAAGAGAUAAAGAUCACUCAUAA